CCCCACAAGUGCUUGGAGUGUGGGAAGAGCUUCAGGCAGAGCAGCACCCUGAUCAGCCACCAGAUGAUCCACACUGGGGAAUGGCCCUACGAGUGUGGGGAGUGUGGGAAGGGCUUCAGCUGCAGCUCCGCCCUCGUCACCCACCAACGCAUCCACACUGGACAGAGGCCCUACAAGUGCCCCACAUGUGGGAAGAGGUUUCAGACCAGUUCCAAUCUCCUCCUGCAUGAGCGCAUUCACACGGAUGAGAGGCCCUUCCGCUGCCCCGACUGCGGGAUGGACUUCUGGCUCAACUCCACCCUCAUCAGGCACCGGCGCAUCCACACUGGGGAGAGGCCCUACGAGUGCCCCACCUGUGGGAAGAGCUUCACCCAGAGCUCUGCUUUGACCAGACACCAACGGAGGCACCAGUAA